ACCCUGGGCGGGGCCUAGAAUGUCACUUCCGGUUUUUGAGUCCGCGUGUGAACCGGCGAGCUCAUGGCUACUCUGGAGUCUCCUGGGAUGGAUGACCAGGCUGGAGACACGGAGACAGAGGCGCUACAGAGUGCAAGGUGGCUGUACUGUGGAGAGCCCGACGACAGGCAGAAAGCUGUGCUGGUCCAGUUCUCCAAUGGGAAGCUGCAGAAUCCGGGCGACAUGCGCUUCACCUUGUACAACAGCACCGACUUAGUAAACCCCAGGCAGAGGAGUCACCGGAUCGUGGCAGCUGAAACAGAUAGGCUCUCCUAUGUCGGAAACAAUUUUGGGACCGGUGCCCUCAAAUGCAAUGCUCUUUGCAGACACUUUGUGGGAAUUCUGAAUAAGACCUCUGGCCAGAUGGAAGUCUAUGAUGCCGAACUGUUCAACAUGCAGCCGCUGUUUGCUGGAAUGGGAACUGAAGUCAUCAAACUUGGUGGCCAACACCUUUACCUGCUGGCCUUCUGCCAACCCUCCAAGAACCUGGCUGAGGCAGGUGACCUGCUGCUGAGCCGACACCGGCAAGGCCAUUGCAUUGCAGUCCUGCUGGAUGACGAUGCUAUUGAGCGAGAGCCUCCUCUGGAGAAUCAGAACAAGACUUUCAGGGACAAGUUGGAUUCUUGCAUUGAAGCCUUUGGAAGCACCAAGCAGAAGCGGUCCCUAAACUCCAGGCGGAUGAACAAAGUUGGCAGCGAGUCUCUGAAUCUCAGUGUGGCGAAAGCCGCGGAGAGUAUUAUUGAUACAAAGGGUGUGAAUGCGCUGGUCAGCGAUGCCAUGCAGGAUGACUUACAAGAUGGCGUCCUCUACCUUCCUCCCUGCUACGCUGACGCAGCCAAGCCGGAAGACGUGUAUAGAUUUGAAGACAUUCUGUCCCCGGCCGAGUAUGAUGCUCUUGAGAGCCCAUCCGAAGCCUUCAGAAAGGUCACAUCGGAAGACAUACUGAAGAUGAUUGAAGAGAACAGCCACUGCUCCUACGUCAUAGAAAUGCUGAAGUCUCUGCCCAUAGAUGAGGUCCACCGGAACCGGCAAGCCCGGAGCAUCUGGUUCCUAGACGCCCUCAUCAGAUUCCGAGCUCAGAAAGUGAUAAAGGGGAAAAGAGCCUUAGGGCCUGGAAUCCCGCACAUUAUCAACACCAAGCUGCUGAAACAGUUCACCUGCUUGACCUACAACAACGGCAGGUUACAGAACCUCAUUUCAAGUUCUAUGAGGGCCAAGAUCACUUCGUAUGCGAUUAUACUUGCCCUGCACAUAAAUAACUUCCAGGUUGACCUGACAGCGUUGCAGAAGGACUUGAAGCUGAGUGAGAAAAGGAUGAUUGAGAUAGCGAAAGCCAUGAGGCUGAAGAUCUCCAAACAAAAGGUGUCCCUGGCAGAUGGCAGGGAAGAGAGUCACAGACUGGGCACUCUGUCUGUCCCACUGCCUCCAGCCCAGAACUCUGAUCGACAGUCAAAGCGGAGGAAAAUGAACUAGAUGUUUUCCACAGCCACUUCUGUUCACUUCCAUUUUUAUUUUUUUGAAAAAGAAAGUAGACUGGACUUUGUGAUACAAACCUAUAACCCAAAGUACUCAGGAGACUGAGGCAGGAGGAUUGUGAAUUCUGAGCCUCUCUGGGACUCCAUCAUGCUCCACCACACCCCCGAGGCCUUACUUUAGGGUGGUUAUCAUGCCAGAAGCCAGCAUUCCAGCUGUGCGUCUCUUAUGCAGAAAUUAAAGUGAUGGCCCAGGUUUGACUUCAUCUCCCUCCUUUCAUGUUGCAGUGGUUAGAAGUGGUAGAUGUUUCUCCUUGGGAGUCAUGUGCAGGAUUGAGAAGGUCUUGUGGAAGUUAAAGCCAAAAGAUCUUAUCAGAGUGAACUUGGAGCCAAAAGUUUAUAAACAGGACCUGGAACCCAGGUAGUGGUGGCGCACGCCUUUAAUCCCAGUACUCAGGAGGCAGAAGCAGGUGAAUUUCUGAGUUCAAGGCCAGCCUGGGCUACAGAUCGAGUUCCAGGACAGCCAGGGUUACAGAGAAACCCUGUCUCGAAACAACAAAAGGGAGGUCCUUGAAGGCCUAGUAGGCAGAGGAGGAGGCUACAGCUCUGUUGGGUUGGCAGCACCAUCUAACUUACCAGCCUACUCUGAUACGGCAUGGCCAAGUCAGGAAGUGAUAACCACGGCUUUUCCUCCUUGUUUAGACCAUGCGGAGAGGCACGUUGGCCAAGUGAGUGGGGGCUGGGGAUGAGUGCAUGUGGCAAGCACGAACCGUCAGCUUGGCACCUCACUUGGCUUUGGAUUCAGGCCUCGACAGACCCACUGCUGGUAAUAAAGUUUCUGGAAUCUGGAAGGGGAACUGCAGAUAGAGGCUGGAGGUUUUAACAGUACCAAAUGAUCUGUGGCCAUGGUUCUGCAAGGGAGGUUAAGACAGAAGUUGACAAGAAGCCUCUCAUAGGUCCAAAUUGUGAAAGUGGAGACCUGGCGCCUACGAGUAGUCCCUUCUCCACUAGCGAGUUGUGGCAUGUACACACAUCAACAGGCUCAACAACAACAAAAACUGUCCUUUCAGGGUUGGAGAGAGCUCUUGAGGUUAAAGGUCCCACAAACACCAGCACCCACAUUCCCAACACUGGGAAGCUGAGGCAGGAAUGCCAUCCAGGCUUCCUGGCCGCCAGCCCGGCUAGAUUACAGGAGAAGCCUUGCCUCAAAGGAAAAUGGCAGGGAGCACUAGAAGAUGCCUGAUACUCUGGCCUCUCCACACACAGCCCACGCUACCGAGGAAAUAGCGCCACAUUGGAUGAUGAGAUACAUGAAACAGCCAGUGGCAACAGGCUGCAGUCUAAGCCGAAUGGUGGCACAUGCCUGCCAUCCCAGCAUUUGGUAGGAAGAGGAAGGAGAGACAAGUUCAAGGCUGGCCUCGGCUAAACAUGAUCACUUGAAAAAGCAGCAAGAAGCCCACGAGAUAAGUUAGCAAGAGGCAACUGUCCCUGAACGUCCCUUGUCCAGAAGGAGGAGUUUAAAAGGCAAGUUUACCUUAGCUUAGGGGUGGGCUGCUGUGGGUUCAACCAAACUAUUAAAAUCAAUUUAAGACUAAGAAUGCUGACGACAAUAUUUAAUACUAGGGCCAGGAGAUGGCUUAGUGUUCAGUAAAGGCCCUUGCCACCAAGCCUGACAACUUGAGUUCAGUCCCUGGAACCGACAUGGGAGAAGAGCCAACUUCUCCAAAGGUGGUCCUCUGCCCUCUGCAUGCACACACACAAAAUGAAUGUAAAAAGUCUAAAUACUAAAACAGGACUAACCCUCAGGUGAGUACAGCAAAAACUAAGAUGCUGAGCGAGUAACCCACGCCCAGGAAGGUGUGCUCUUGUAUCUUAAGACCCUUUGCUCAGCAGGUGACCCCAAUGAAGGAGUGUCACUGUUUGUCUUCAGAGAGGCCCCUGGGCAGGGCUAGAGGAACAGCCUCUGAGUGAGAUGGAGACCCUGAGAGGGAGCCCUUCAGCUCUGAAUUCUGAGCCAUAGCAGGAGCAAGCUGAUGAGAGUCUUGAGUUCUGCAGUCUCACAGUGGAAGUGGUGGUACCAGUGGGGAGGCCUACUGGUCACUGAACCUCCAGCAAAUGUGUGGACCAAAUUAUGACCCCAGAAGCACCUCCUUUAAAAUAUAGAACUUUAUUUUGGUUAC